CCGCGGCCUUGUCUGUGUCGGUCACCCCGCGCCCGCGAUCGAUCACCGCCCAGAGUGAUCGAUCGUGGCUGUGAUCGAUCGCAGGCAGUGGCGUCGCCGCUCCGACCACCGCAAGCAACUGAGCACUUGCGCCAACUGGUACGGUACCCGACUUGGAAUGAAUGGUUAUCCGUUUCCGGCUCUUCUGACCACUGGCGAGCCGCUGCUGGCGCCUGGCUCGGACGAGAGGCAGACGAGCCCACCCAAGCCAGCCACCCGGCCGGUGGAGACAAAGCGGGCUGAGCAGCCUGGGCGUGGCAAGCAAACGGCGCGCGAGAUGGAGCUGGAGGCUGAGCUGCGGGCAACGCGCGGGACGCUACGGGAGAUGGUCGACGAGAUGCGGGUUCUGGAGGACGAGGCCGAGGCCACGACCGAGGAGAACGGACGGCUGCGGGCGCGGCUGGCCCGGAUGGACGACGAUCGCGCGUGGUACGCCAAGCGGCUGGAGGAGCGCGAUGCAGAGGUGGUCCGUGUUGAGCGCAUCGCGCUUGCUCUUCGCGACAAGGUGUCGAGCUUGGAGCUCGCGCUGACCCGCGCCAACAAUCGGGCCGCCGCUGCGGUCGCGCGCUCGGCGAGCCUCGCCGAUCACAACCACGCUCUGCGAGCUGCAAGCGGCAGCCCACCACCGCGGCAAAGCCCGGGUGCCUCGCCACGUCCCUCGCCACUCGCCUCGCCGCUCGCCUCACCUAUCGGCCCCGCUCCUGAUCGCCCGCUCUCUGUACACGAGCUUGCGGCCUCGGCAGCGCCGGUGCUUGGCCCUGGCGGCUAUGAUCCCGGCCUCACACCCGCCCCGCGGCAGUCGGCCGCGCCACGUCCAUCCGCCACCGCCUCGUCGCUACCCGCGCCGUCACCCGCGCCGGCACCUGCGCCCGUGCCACUGCCAGCAACCUCGAUGGACGAGACCAUCUCCUCGCUCCCACCCAACAUCCAGGCUAUCCUCAACAAGUACCGAUAG